GAGCUCGUGGUCUCCUGGGGGCAGUUUUUGCCUCAUUACUGGGCCCAGGAGGUACGGGGCUACAUGCACGACUGGGAGCCUCUGAGAGCCAAAACACCAUGGAGAGUGGACUCAGAGUGACCCGGAAAGGACGGAAGCUAGGCUCCAGCCGCCGGCGGCAGAUGCGAGAGCCAGCUGAUGGCCAGGAUGUGCCGGUGGCCCCCGAGCCAGAGUCUUGGUCCUCCCAGUCAGCUGAAGAACUGCAGAGCUUCUUCCAGGACUGCGGUGCCGAGGAGAGGGGCUUUGUCACUCGAGAGGAUCUGGCGGGAGCCAAGUUCAGCUUCCUGAGCAGCGAGGAUGAGCUGGAGAUGAUCUUUGACUGGGUGGAUGUGGAGCGGAAGGGACGCCUCUCCCUUGAAGAGUUCAGCUCCGGGCUCAAGAGCAUCUUUGGCUCCAGCUCGAGCACCCACAGGCUCCAUAGAAAGAGGCCACUGCUCUCCAAGAGAGGAUCUGUAGCCACCAGCUUCCCGGUGGUGGAGGAGGCCAACAGUGAGGAGAAGGAGGCAUUCUUUGCCUUCAUGGAGCAACUAGGAGCCAGCAACUCACUUCCUGAGCAGGCGGAAAUCUGGCAGCUAUGGAGAAAGCUGCGGCAGGAGGAGCCCCAGCUGGCAGGCAACCUAGAGGGCUUUCUGGCCAAGAUGAACAGUCACCUACAGGAGGCACGGGCCGACAAGGAGGUUCUGGAGCUGACUCUGAGGAAGAGGGACACUGACCACCACCGUGAGGUCCAGCAGCUCUACGAGGAGAUGGAGCAGCAGAUACAGCGGGAGAAGCAGCAGCUGCAGGCCGAGAGCGACUCCCGGGGCCUGGCCCUCAGCUCCCAGAUGCAGGAGGUGCUGGAGGCCAAGGAGCGCGAGGUGCAGCGGCUGACCGAGGGCCAGAAGGAGCUGGAGGCCCAGCUCCACCGUCUCAGCAGCACACACCAGGAGGCCAGCUCAGAGAACCGGCAGCUUCGGGAGGCCGAGCAAGACCUGGCUGGGCGGCUGGAAGAGGUUCGGGGGCAGCUGCAGGUGACCCGGGGACACCUGGAUGCCGCCAGGGGCCGCGUGUCCUGGCAGAUGGAGGAGGAACCCAGUGUCCCCAGAGCAGGUGAGGAGAAGGCUCCAGAUGCUCAGGCAGUCUCCUCCGUGGAGGCUCCCCUGCCUGGACUGUUUGGGGACAACGAUGACUGGGACCAGCUCCUCAGCGGCAUCGGCAGCACCCCCCUCAGUGCCCUGCAGCUCUCCUGGAGCCCGCCCCCAACCCCGAAAGCCUCCUCAGGCCCCCCGACGCCCCGAGUGGUCAGGCAGAUCUCCCUCUCGGAGCCACAUGCUCUUCUGUUUGCUCAGGAGCUCUCUUCAGAACCAGAGGGCUCUCCAAGGAGCCCCCUUGGGGCACCUUCUGGGACCGAGGAAGACAAAGGAGCGAACCCAGAUGGGCCGGUGAUGAGCCCUCCAGAGCAGACCGGACGGCCCCCCAGCCCGGAAGCUAAGGAGGAGUCGGGGCUUGGCCCCAGGGUCCACUUCCCGUGGGGUCUCCCGGGGGUCCCAGCUGGGGAGUCAGGGAGCCUGGUGGCAGCUGCACUCAAGGUGCUUGUUCCUUUGGAGGAUGCGCCCCCUCCUCAAGUGACCUCGCCCCCUCCCCAGGCCUCAGCUGGGCCCAGCACACAGUUCCAGACCUCACACCCGGAUGACGAAGGCCCUGGCCCUGGGCCGGCCCCACCCAAGCCGCCCCGGCAGAGAGAGGCCCUCCAUCGGGACCCCCAUUCUGCUGGCUCUGAGCCAAGGCUGGGGUCCUCAGGAGCUGGAGCCCUCCUGGUGGGGCUGGGUGAGCCCUCCCAGGGCCUGGUGCCUGGGGGUCCGGCUCCCACGGAUGGAUCAGAGUGGGGCAAGUGGAGCCCAGAUGCACAAGAGGGCCAUUCAGGGGAGCUGCAGGAGGCUCGUGGCCGGGUCCCUGGGCUGCCCGCUCUCCUCCCCCAGAGCCUGGAAGAGGAGCCCGGGGCUGAGGAAAGGAAAGCAGUGGACCAGGGAGGGCGGAAGUUCAGGUCAGAGCUGACCGUCGAGGCUCGUGGCCUGAAACCCGAGCACUCAGAAUUCCCCCAGCUCGAUCCCCAGCCCGCGCCUCACCCACCUGACGGAACACAAGCUAAGGUUGAAGCAGAAGCCCCGGCUCCCAGGAAACCAUCAAGGGGCUUUCCCCCAAUGGGGGCUCAGCCUGGGGAUGGAGCAGAGCCCCCAGAGCCCACACAAACCCUUCCCACCAGGGCUGAGCUGGAAGCCCAACCCAGGCCCCGGCCUACAACUGCCCACGCAGAAGGAGAACAAGCCCCCUCUAAGUCCAGGGAGCCAAGGGCAGAGAACAGGCCUGAAGAUUCAAGAAUGGACUCUGGAGGUCUGGGGCUGACCCCAUUCCCUGGGGACCACUCGGCCAGCGAACCUUUGGCCAACCCUGAUUACGCCUUCCACGUCAUCUUCCUGGGAGACUCGAACGUGGGCAAAACCUCCUUCCUGCACCUGCUGCACCAGAACAGCUUCGCCACUGGGCUGACAGCAACUGUGGGAGUGGAUUUUCGAGUCAAAAGCCUGCUGGUGGAUGGCAAGCACUUUGCACUGCAGCUCUGGGACACAGCUGGCCAGGAGAGGUACCACAGCGUGACACGCCAGCUGCUCCGCAAGGCUGACGGCGUGGUGCUCAUGUACGACGUCACCUCCCAGGAGAGCUUUGUCCACGUGCGCUACUGGCUGGACUGUCUCCAGGAUGCAGAGUCUGACGACGUGGUCAUCCUUCUCUUGGGAAACAAGACAGACCGUGAGGAGGAUCGGCAAGUGUCCACUGAGGCUGGGCAGCAACUGGCCCAGGAGCUGGGGGUCUCCUUUGGAGAGUGCAGUGCUGCGCUGGGUCACAACAUCCUGGAGCCCGUGGUGCACCUGGCCCGGUCCCUCAAGAUGCAAGAAGAGCGCCUGAAGGACUCGCUGGUGGAGGUGGCCCCCGAGAAGCCUCCAAAGAGAGCUGGCUGCUGCUCCUGAGGCGCUGGCCUGGCCGGGGUGGGCUGGCCACCUCCCUGGGUUUCCUGUGCUUUGGCUCCUGUCCCACCUGCCUGGACACAGCAGUGACAGAGACGACUAGCUCAGAAGUUCUGGAAAACCCUCCGUGGGUCAGGACUCAGACCCCAGGGCAGAGGCUGCACUAACGUUGGCCUUUGCACUCCCAGAGAGGGACUUUUCUGAGUAAUAAGAUUGGUGGGGUGGGGAUCGGGGGAGCCAGUUAAAACUCUUUAAAGAAAGGAAAAGUCCAGAAAAAGGACUUAAGGAAAAUACACCACAGUAUUGGCAAAACAUCUCUAAGUGAUAAAAUUAUAGGGUAAAGGUGUGGGGGUGUUUUCCUUUUUACAUGUAUUUGUAUUUUCAGAUCUUCUACGAUGACUGGGUAUUCCUUCUGUAGUCAGAAAUAAGAAUAACUCUUGAGGGGCGAGAGGGAAGCUUUUCAAAGAGCUUGCUUCGCUGCUGAUUCCUAAUUGAAAUGGCCUGUUAAUUGCAAAGUACUCUUAAAGCAGUCCCACUGUUCCAUGCCUGGCAAAGCUGGUGAACCUUGUCAUUCUCAGUGUGUUGGUCUGCAAACAGGGGGUUUCUUUCGAGCAGAAUCUGAUUCCUGGGGAAGAGCUGAUGGCCCCUGGUAUGUUCCAUUCCCCUCAUCUCCCUGAGCCCCAACCCCACUAUCUUUUCCCAAGAUCUGCCUGUAAGGACUCACAUUUGGGGACCUCACCCCCUGCUCCAUGUCAUGGUGCCUCUGAUGCCAACCUCGGCCUUGAGGAUACACUUGGCAAUCUCUGGACACACUCAGAGUGCAGCUGGGGUGUGGCUGGGGGAGCCUGGGAGCAGCAGGAAACUGGAUUCAGAUUAUUCACAGGCUCCUCUCUGGAGUUUUUGUGAGAGUUCCCAGAAUUACACAACAUUCGCCUCCUGAAAGGUGGCUGUGCAUUGUAACCCGGGGCUGGGGAUUUCAGUGCCCUUGGGGAGCUUGCUUUGAAAGUCUUAGAUGGCCUUGGGUGUUGUGCUAUCUCCCGGCAUCAGUGUUUGCUGUAAACGUUGACUGUCACAGCUUUCCGUUAACCACAGAAAUGCUUACCAGGUACUGUGGUCCAGAGUGGGCAGGUUGCUGAAUCUGGUACUUGGUAAUCAUUCGGAUACUGGUGACUUCCUCCUCUGAAUCAGAAGAAACCUCAGUUUCGUAGACAGACAAGCAAAUUCAGUUCCAGAGACAGAGGUACAGAGAGAGAGAGACUGAAGGAGAAAGAGGAGGGAAAGAGACACCGAUGCAGAGAACAAAUGUGCGGAUGCCGAGGGGGAAGGGAGGUGGUGGGAGGGACUGAGAGAUUGGGACUGACACCCAUAUGCACCGCUGAUACUACGGAUAAAAUAGAUGACUAAUGAAAGCACACUGUAUCGUGCAGCGAACUCUGCUUAAUGCACGGCAGCGACCUGAAUAGGAAGGAAGUCCAGAAGGGAGGGGACAUGAUUACGUGUAGCUGAUUCAUUGUGCUGCGAAGUAGAAACUAACGCCGCACUGUCAAGCAACUGUAC